GUGUGCUCCUUUGUUAUUUCUCCGACUGGAAACAGUCAGUCAGUUGACACACCGGUGGCUAAUCUUCACACACACACACACACACACACACACACACACCUUUGAGUUUAAAGUCUUGUUACUCGGUGACAUGUCGGACGCUUUGCUGCAGUGGUGUGUGGACCAGCUGCACCACAAGUUCGGGCUGGAGGCGUGUGAAGAAAUCGUCCAAUACAUUCUGCUGAUUGAAACACCUGAAGAGAUUGAGGAGUAUGUGGGAGACCUCCUGCAGGGAACAGAUGGGAGAAAAGGCCAGUUCAUCGAUGAGCUCGUCGUCAGGUGGAAGACGACUCGAAGACAGGCGACAGAUAACACAAGUCUUUUUCUUCUCAAGGAGUCCGUCCCAUCAGCAGAUUCACAAGACAUGACCACCCAGAAGAAGUCUAAACGCAAGGGCCGUAACAAACAAGAAGUGGUGACUGUGAGCCAAACAGAACCUGAGCCGGAGGCAGUCAAAACUCCCAUUGAUCUGAAGAGGGCCCAAGAAAACAGUUGUUCUUCUUCAACAAAGAAGAAGAAUAAGUUUGUCAAUCUUUAUAACAAAGACGGGCAGGACAAGCUGUCUGUCAUACUCCCAGGUCGACAUGGCUGUGAGUGCCUUGCCCAAAAGCACAAACUUAUCAACAACUGCAUCAGCUGUGGUCGCAUUGUGUGUGAGCAAGAGGGCUCAGGACCUUGCAUCUUCUGUGGAAGCCUGGUCUGCACAAAAGAGGAGCAGGAGAUCCUGCAACGAGACUCCAACAAAAGCCAGAAACUAAGAAAGAAACUCAUGGGAGACUGCGGAGAAAGAGACUAUCUUCCACACCAAGAGGCCAUAAUGAAGGUUGGCUUGGAGAAGGCUGUCCAGCACAAAGAGAAACUGCUGGAAUAUGACAGGAAUAGUGUCCGAAGAACGCAGGUCCUGGAUGAUGAGUCCGAUUACUUUGCCACUGAAUCCAAUCAGUGGCUGUCACCCGGCGAGCGAGAAAAGCUGAGGAAAAAGGAAGAGGAGCUCAGAGAACUUCGCCAUGCCUCUCGCAAGGACAGGAAGAUCACAUUGGACUUUGCUGGUAGACAAGUGAUUGAUGACGGAAACAACCUCAACGAGUACUACAACAAGUUGGAUGAGACCCUCAAGGCCAUGAACUGCGACUCAAAAUCACCAAAGUAUUCUGCAAGACAAGGUGGAAAGCAAAACAGCAGAGAGCUGGUCAACCCCAACAUAAUGCAGUCUGCACCAGAGUGGGUGGAUGUUGGAGGCAGUGAAAACUACAGGAGAAACAUGGAGCAGGGAAAGAGAUCAACAGAGGACAAAGGAGGAGACGAACGUUCCAGGUUACGACUCCAAGACAAAGAGCUGCAGGAGAUGUCUGACGGGGGCUGGUGCCUCAGCAUGCACCAACCGUGGGCCUCACUGCUGGUCAAAGGCAUCAAGAGGGUAGAGGGGCGAACUUGGUACACAUCCCACCGGGGUCGUCUUUGGAUCGCUGCUGCAGCCAAGAAACCCACCCCUCAGGAGAUUGCUGAGGUGGAAACCAUGUACCGCCACAUAUACAAGAAAGAGCCUAGGUUUCCUAAAGACUACCCCACCGGCUGCCUGUUGGGCUGCGUCAACGUGACCGACUGCCUGUCUCAGGAGCAGUUCAGACAACAGUUCCCCGGUACCUGCGAGGAGUCUGCCUCCCCAUUCGUCUUCAUCUGCACCAACCCCCAGGAGCUGCUGGUGAAAUUCCCCAUGAAAGGGAAACACAAGAUCUGGAAGCUGGAGACUCACUACCACCAGGGUGCCAAGAAGGGGCUGGUCCCAUCAGCUGCAGAGUGACGCGAGUAGAGAAGCUGAGGAGGAAAACAGUCGGAUCUCACAGGAACAUGGAAAAUUAUGUUUGCUAUAAAAGAAAAGAAAAAUAGCCACAUUCUCCACUGGGUUGUUCCAAUAUUUUAUCAGGAGUUUUCACAGCUGACAUAGUAUCAUUUUUUAAUUACUGGCAUUUGCAUUUAACAUAAGAAACAUUGCUUUAAAAGCAUGCAGCACAGAGAUAAAUCAUCAUUUUGGCAAAUGCCUUCAGUUUCCGUUGUCUGUAUUUGAUUGUGUGCAGAAAAUAAAUCAUUAGGUUUCA